AUGCCUCAGCCUAGAAAGAAGCCAGCACAAAGUGAAGAAACAGGGCGUUUGGCCUUGGAGGAUGAUGGAAAGCCAGAUGCCUCUGACAAAGAGGAGGAAGGAGAUGAGAAGGUGACCAAGGAGGCAAAGGGCAAGAAGAAGGCAAAGGAAGAGAAGUUGACCAAAGAGAAAAAGGAUAAGAAGGAAGAAAAAGAAGAGAAGACCAAGGAGACAAAGGACAAGAAGAAGGAAAAAGAGGAGAAGACUAAGGAAACAAAGGACAAGAAGAAGAAAACUGAAGAGAAGAGCAAGGAGACAAAGGACAAGAAGAAGGAAACAGAAGAGAAGUCGAAGAAGGAGACAAAGGAGAAGAAGGAACAUGAAAAGAAACCUGGUCCCAAAGCAAAGCCCAAGCCCAAGAGCAAGGGAAAGCCCAAAGAAGACCCUGCAGACCCAGAACCGAAAGCAAAGGUCAAAGCCCUUCCCUUGAGCGCAAAAACAGCAGGAUGGAGGACCUUGGAGGAAGAUGAUGAGAAGGAUGGCAGCAGCUCAAGCAAGUCAUCCAAUGAUGACUCAGCAAGCCAUGAAGGGGAGGAGUCAAAGAGGGACUAUGGAAAAGCAAGGAAGUUUGCCAGGAUGAUGGAUGCAGGGCAAUUGCCAGAAGAAAUCAGGGAACUUUAUGAGAAAGGACCUGAAGGUGCAGUGACUGCAGGUGGCAAGAGGCUCUUUCGAACCAACCUCAUCAACAAGCUUUUCCAGAAGACCAGCAAUGGCCAGUAUGUGCUUGCCACAGACACUCCUGUUUGGAAGAGCUUUGUGCAGCAAACAGACACCAAGUACACUGAUGCUGGCUCCAAGGGUGUCCCAAGAAGCAUUUUGCUGUGGCAGGUCUUCCAGGGCAAUGAGCGAGCAUUGGAGGAUGCCAUUGCCUGUGGUGAUGUGUAUGAAAAAGAUGGCUUCUUCCACUAUGGAAGGCUGAAGACAGGGAGAAGCAAGGCACAAGAGCAAACAAUGCACUUGGGAGGAGGAGAAGCCAAAGUCAGUGUGGAUGAGAUGCAGGACCUGCAUGCUGGCUUCUUUGGGAAGAGGCCUUUUCAGCAAGGAGGAGCUGAAGUUUGGCAAAAAGCCUUUUCAGAUUCACCUCUCCACCAGAGAAGGUCAUCUGCUUCGACUGAAGCCCCUCCAAAAAGACAAAAGGCUCUCUGCGAUGGGACAGUUGAGGAGCCAGAGGAUGUCAAGGACAUGGUCAAGUGGUCCAAUGUCGACAGGCAAGUUGGUGAGGCAAAGUUGACCCAGGAACGCUUGUUGAAGGAUGCAGGAAGGUAUGCCAGCAAAGUGAGGGGUUGCAAGGAACAGCAGUUGUCCAAAAUGCUCAAGGAG